AUGGCCUCCUUCCCCGCCGAGCCUCCCGGCCGCGGCCCACCCGCCGCCCCGACGUCCGCGGCCAGCGGCGGAGCAGCGGAGCCGCGCCAACUUUCGCCAACUUCGCCGCCCGCCCCGUCCCGCGCCGAGCCCGGCGGCGCGGCUCCUCCCGCGGCGGCGGCUGCAGCAUCGGCGGCUUCUCCUUCUCCUCCUCCUCCUCCUCCCGCUCCGGGGUGUCCAGCUCCGGCCGCCGCUCCGGCCGCCGGCCUGCCGCGCUUCUCGGCCGAGCAGGUCUCGUGCGUGUGCGAGGCGCUGCUGCAGGCGGGCGACCCGGGCCGGCUGGGCCGCUUCUUGGGCUCGCUGCCGGCCGAGGAGGCGUCGCGUCUGGAGGCGUCGGGCUCGGGCGAGAGCCUGGCUAAGGCGCGGGCGCUGCUGGCCUUCGAGCGGGCCGACUUCGGCGAGCUGUACCGGCUGGUGCAGAGCCGGCCUUUCGGGCCGCCCCACCACCCGUUCCUGCAGGACCUCUACCUGAGGGCGCGCUACCGGGAGGCGGAGGCGGCGCGGGGCCGGGCGCUGGGCGCCGUCGACAAGUACCGGCUCCGCAAGAAGUUCCCGCUGCCGGCCACCAUCUGGGACGGCGAGGAGACGGUCUACUGCUUCAAGCGACGCUCCCGGGCCGCCCUGCGCGACUCCUACGGGCGCAGCCGCUACCCGAGCCCCGAGCAGAAGCGCCGCCUGGCCCGCGACACCGGCCUCUCCCUCACCCAGGUCAGCAACUGGUUCAAGAACCGGCGGCAGCGCGACCGAGGCGGAGGAGGCGGCGGCGGCGGCGGAGGAGCCGCGGGAGGAGGAGGAGGAGGAGGCACGCCCAGCAAGAGUGAAUCCGAUGGGAACCCAAGCACAGAGGACGAGUCCAGCCGUGGUCCGGAAGAAAUCGAAGCCGUGGGGGGCCUGUCCGCCAGCCACGAGGGCAUCGCGGCCCCUGGCAGCCUCUUCCUCCCGGGGGCCUGCACCAGCGCCUCUUCCAUCCUGUUGAAUGGGAACUUCAUCACAGCCAGCUCCCCGCCCGCCAUGCUCCUCAACGGGGGCUCCGUGAUCCAGACCCCCGCCGGAGGGGUGAUCCUCAACGGGCUGACCCUCGGAGACAACCAAACCAUCACCCUCAGCCCCGUGGCGGCUCCCAGCCCGCCCAUCCUCCUGAACGGCUCUGCCGGCCUGCUCACCCCCAAGAUGGAGGAGGUGGGCAAAGCCCCCCCGGAAACCCUCUCCCCGGCCACGCUCAUCCUCAACCCGGCGGCUCUCCAGGGAGAGGUGAAGUCGGAGAGCGGCGUCAACCCGCUGGCGUUCGGGAUGGACAUGAAGUCAGAGGAGGGGCAGGGGGCAGUUCUCCCUCCCCUCCUGUCUCUCCCGGAGGCCUCCCCGCUCCUCUCCGAGCACAAGGGGGCGCUGUUGGCCACGGUGCCUAUGCCCCAAGUGGUCCCUUCGAACGAAGAAAGCCCCGCAGUCCCCCUGUUGCCCGUAGCCCCUCAAGCGGCAGUGCCCCCGAGUCCACAGAUUGUGCCACUCGCUAAACUGGUCCCUGUCGGUCAAGCUCUGGCCGCUUCCCAGGGAGGAGGGCCAGUGGGCGGCGGGCAGGGGUCCCCAGCGGUGGCAUCUCCUGCCGUCACUGCCACCCCGCUCCUCUCUGUCCCUGGGUCCUCUACAGCCCCGGCCACUGUCCUCCACGUUUCUGCCCCAUCCCUUCUCCCGCUCAGCCAGGUAUCGCCCCCUUCGCAGGUGGUCCCCCUGUCCCAGGCGGUUCCCGGGGCCCAGCUGCUGUCUCCACCUCAGAUGGUCCCCGUGUCCCCCACCCAGAUCUACACCAUGCCCCCCGGGGCUCCGGCACCUCAGCUGGUCUCCAUUCCUCAGGUGGCGCAAGGCUCCCAGCUCAUCUCCUUGCCCCAAGUGGUGCCCACCUCUCAGGUGGUGACUCUGCAACAGGGCGUGGGCAGCCCCAUCCAGAUCCUGACCAGUGCCGCUCCCCUCAAGGUGGGCCCUGUGGCUGGGACCCCACCAGGCACAGGGGUCACCGGAGGCCUUGGCCAGAACAACGUCCAUCUCCUCAACACCAGCGUUGGUGUCGCCGCGCUGCAGCUUCCGGGCACAGCACAAGGUAACCUCCUCCUAGCCAACCCAGCCACCGGCAACAGCACCAUCGUCACCGGCAUGGCUGUACAGCAAGGCAAACUGAACCUCACCGCCACCUUCCCGGCUAGCAUGCUGAUGACCCUUGUACUCUCCGCUCCGGCAGCCUCUACUUUGACUCUUCCCAUCAAACAGGAGGUGGCAGCGGCCACCCCGGCAGUUCUGGGAGCUACCGAAGGCAACGCUGGGUUGCUCGCGGGAGUCCCUUCAGUGCUACCUACCGAAGUCUCCCCUCUUUCGUCCUCCAACAGCGCCGACCCGGCCAGCGUGGCCUUCGGACCAGACCCCGGCCAAGGCGCUCUCCUUUCCAGCUUCUCCCAGCCAGAGACCCUGUCCAUGUCCCAGCCGCAGGUAGUGUGGUCCAACCCGGUGAGCAUGGACCUUCAGGGGAACAACUCCGGGGGGCUCUUUGCGAUGGUGGAGAAAGGGUCAAUGGAGGAGCUUCGGCUGCCCGAGGGUGAGGGUCUUUUGCUGGCUGCUGCUGGGGGGGACCCACUCGGUCCCGAAGGUCUGGACUCGGGGGAAAAAGUGCUGACUCAGCUGCAGUCGGUGCCCGUGGAAGAACCUCUGGACCUGUAAGACUCGGGCAGUGGCGGAGUUGUCGCUUUCCGGGCAACCUUCGAACGGAGAAUUCGGACCUCACGGUCUUUCCCAGAGUUUGGGAAUACUCAAAAGUGCCUCAAUUGGAGAAGACGCUUCCCUGCCCAUCUUUGCACAGCAACGGUGUCACACUACAAGGGUUCUCUGCAAGGCCCUUCAUGCCGACCACAAGAGGCCACCGCUGGUGCGGCCAAUGAGGGGGUCCCUUUGUGGUCGUCGGAGUAGCAAACACUACAAUCCCGGGCAGUUCUUGGCUUUCGACUGGUUGUUGUUGAAGGAUCACAGAAAGUUGACGGGCUUUUGAAAAGCUACUUAGGACUUCUCCUCAAAGUGACGACCACAGCAUUUCCCCCUUCCUUGGGGGUCGUGGGAAUCGCAUUUCGGGUACCUCACAACCGACUCGCGUUUCCAACCGGUUGUGGUGGCCUUAUGGUCUUGUGAUCGCAAUUUGCUGCAUUUUUGUAAGUUUCCCGUCAUGUUUUUCCAACGUCCAUCCAGAGAAUGGAUUUGCUUAAAUGGCCGCGGGGUUUUUCUUUACUUUGGUGACUCCCUUUACGGCUGUUGUAAAAAAAAGUGGUCUUAAAUCAAGCCCCAUCGCGUGGUGCUUUGAUUUAUGACUGCAACCACUUACAACUGAAAUCCCAGUCGCAAUUGUGGCCCUAAGUCAGAGGUCCCCAAACUCAGCAACUUUUAAGACUUGCGGACUUC